CCUCUCCAAUCAAGCAACGCGUUCUCCGGCAGUCUCAACCUCGCAACCAUAUCCCGACUCCCACCAUCCAACAACAACCCGCUACACCCGUAAAACAGAGCAAAUACGCUUCCCUAAAUAAUCACCAAAUGGCUCAAAUCGACGGCAUUCCGGUCACCUACAUCUUGGAGAAAUUACAUCAACUUGGCACUCGUUAUUUUGGCGACAAAUCCACCGCAUUCGCUGAAUUGCACGUCGAGGGAAUCAAUAAACCAUUUUGGGUGCACGAGGAAUACUUGGUCCUCCAAUCCCUCUUCUUUCGUGAAGUGUUUGAGAAUGUUUCGAGCGGUGACGUUAUCACCAUAAAGUUGCCUUCACCAGAGACCUUCGAGCCGUUGCUAGAAUUUUUAUAUUCAGGCGAUGCGGACAAGUGGUACGACACGUUAACCGUGGAGAAUUAUCACGAUGUGUGGAAGAACAUCGAAUACCUCGGAUUGGGGCCUGCAGCACAGGCA